AAGAACGAAUCUCCAAGCCUCCACAAAAUGGCUGUCUGUUGAUUUCAAAUCGUUAUCGAGGCCUGGGUCGAGGCCCGUUUCGAGACCUUCUUCCCGCCUAUCAUUAUGGCCAAUGGAUGCUGGUUAUGAGCCUGUUCAUAACUUCAGCCACAGCCCGGUGCACGGCUGCGCCAGAGCCGCUAUGUUCCGGCGAAGAUCCACAGCAGGCCAUGCUUACAUGCCAGGGAGGGUCCGAUCGGCUCCUCGACUGGACGCGCUCGACGAAAUUCUGCCGAUCGCCCGGG